AUGUCGUUCGAGUACCCGACCAAGUCCGGGCUCAAGAGCUGGGUCGAUCCUGAUACUCCCGAUGAUCAAAAAACUUACGCAACUUCUCGUGGACGACAAUGGGAGCUUGUUAUGAGCGACGAGUUUAACGUCGCCAAUCGAAGCUUUCGUCCGGGUGACGACCACGUGUGGACCUCUCUCGACAAACCUGACGGAGUCAACGGAGCUCUGGAGCUCUACUCACAUAACAUGACGAGUACCAAGUGCGAUGAUAAUGGAAGCUGCUACUUUUACAUCGAAGUGGCUAGUGAAAACAGCACCAUUUCCGUUUACAACAUGUACACGCAUCCACCAGGAUACCAAAAUUCAACAUUUUACUAUCGUGCAGCCAUGGUGCAAUCCUGGAACAAAUUCUGCUUCCAAGGAGGGAUGCUUGAGGUUCGAGCACAAUUACCAGGCGCAGUGUCAACGGCUUCGGGCAAUCCAGACCUGGUACAUGGGAAAGACGGGCAAGUGACAGACACUUCCUACUACCCGACGUGGCCAGGUAUCUGGAUGAUGGGGAAUCUUGGCAGAGCUAUCUUUUCUUCCUCGACAAACCGCAUGUGGCCUUUCUCGUAUGAUCGAUGUGAGCCUGAAAUUUUUGACCCAAUGAACCAGCGCAUCAACGCUUGUGAUGAUGAUCCAGGCUACGGACUAAAUGCCAACCAAGGACGUGGAGCUCCAGAAAUUGAUUUACUGGAAGGUGGAGGCUUGACUAUUUCGUCUUCACUGCAAAUUGCACCAGGUAUGCCCAGCGACUUUCGUCUUUUCCCUGCAAACCCCGAUGGAGCUGAUGCUGCCAACCCGUACUGCGUCUAUACGUACGACUGUAAGACGGACGGAGCCAACUUGAUUGAUGUCCCGACGGCAUACUACAAACAGAAGCGAGGGCACAAGUCCUGGUAUCAAGGCCUUCGGUAUGGUGCAAACAACAAUUGUGCCAAGAAGAGUGUCAAUGUUCAAAGCUUUGAAACAGUUAAUGAAUCCGUUGCUCGUGGUAUCCUGAAAAACUCUUGUACCAUCACGACAUGCCCUGCUUCACUCGAUGUCAAUGGUGAUAUGGAUUUCAUUGAUGGCACUGGCAAAAACCACUGGGGAAUCAAUUCUAACGGCACUUGCUUUCCAAUCAUGAAUUCAUACAUGGGGGCCUACCUCUGCGAUCCGGACAACGUAAACGCACUAUGCGCUAGUCCGCGUAAUUCCACCACGGCGAAAUCAAACGCGAUGGAACCGUUUAACUACCAGAUGGAUGCGAUUUCAUCCAACUGGCCCGUCCAUCUUGGAGUUUACACGGAUUUUCUCGUCUAUCAGAUGGAAUGGGUCACUGGUAGGAAGGGAUACGUGCGAUGGAUGCUUGAUGGCAGCCCCCUGUUUGAAGUCACGGCAGAUACAUUCUCUAACGUGCCUCAGAAUGGUAACAAAAAUAAUCCACAAAAGCUGAUGUUGGAGGAGCCCAUGUCCCUCAUAUUUAACGUUGCUCUGUCGAGUUCAUGGGGUACGACACCUCCAAAUGCCGGGAAUGCCUGCCGUGGUGAUGGUUCUGAUGAAAAGGUAAACAAGAUUUGUGACGAGUUUCCGAUGUUCAUAAAGAUUGACUACAUUCGGCUGUAUCAGGACCAGGGUGAUGAUCUCGAUACUGAUAACUAUAUGCAGGUUGGCUGCGACCCUGAAAGUCACCCUACUAAAGAAUGGAUUCAGGGCCACAUUGAUGAGUAUCAAGACGAUGACAAUCUUGUUAUUGAUGUGAUUGGCAAAGCAUUCUGCAAAACGGACAACGACUGCACUAUCGGUGGCAAUUACGCCGGAGCGAGCUUGGUAACGGGAUCGUGCGUUGAUUCACGCUGCUCCUGUUUGUAUCCCAACUCGUGGGGUGGUCCUCGUUGCACGAUAGCUCAAGCCGAGUCUACAUCACCCAAAGCUACAACUCGAGUGUACGGUCCACCAAUUCUUUUGACCCUUGGCGUCGCAGUGAUCGUUGCUUUCCUAACGUUUGUUUCAGUGUGGAAGGGCAUGAAUCCCAUUAGCUCACUUCAAGAUAAUCGGGACCUUAUUAUCAUGGCGGACUUUACGACCAUUGACCCAAACGUCUUUGCUGCGUUGCCCAUCGAUAUGCAACAGGAACUGCUUACAGUGCACAAUAAAAACGAGAAAAAACCGUCUAUGAUUCAUCCCAUUUCGUCACCAGAUGCGACCUCGGACGCAUCAGUAGCAGCCUGGACUUGUCGUGUUUGUACAUUCCUCAACCACCCACAGCUUGUUGAAUGUGAAAUGUGUAGCAGUUUGUGUAUCCCUCUAGAAACUAAUAUUCAGGAUACCGAGUCAGGACAACAUUUAGAAUCAAAACUAGGACGAACUUUGCGCGUACUUUCUGUACCUUCUACAUUUAAUAUCCUUCAUAAACGAGAUCCACCAUCACAUGAAGAUUUUCUAGUAUCAGCUACAAAUGCAUUUCAAUCGGUGAAAGAAUCAUGGACAAAACGACGAUCACGAACUACUUCAGCUCUAGCUCUGAAGCCAUCUCUACAGGCCAUUAGAGGGCUUACGGAAUUGCAUAAAGAUCUAACACAAAAGCUUGUAGCAGGAGACGAGUGGCUUGAAAUGUCCUUGGAAAGACUUUGGAGAGGGGUGAAGGACAGAAAGAAUACACAAGUAUUUGACAGGACUCAAGUCGAUUGGGUGGCACUUGGAUUUCAAAACGCAAACCCAGAGACGGACUUUCGAGGAGGUGGAGUCUUGGCAUUAAAGUGUUUGCUCUACGUCUUGGAGGCACAUCCGGCCGAAAUGAAAGCUAUGUAUGAAGAACAAACGCCAAAUACGCAAGAUGGAGAUCACAGAAAGCAAUGGUAUCCAGUAUGUGUAGCAGGAAUCAACGUGACGUGUCUUCUGGCUGGGCUAUUGCACCUUGGGGAUGGCCAAUAUUCAGAAAGAAGGGAGGUGUUUUGGCAGCUUUUUGAAGAACCUGCAGCCUUUUACGAACUUUUCUUUCACGCAUUUGUCAAAAUGAACGCAAUAUGGCAUCACUUGAAUGCGACUUACAUGGAGUUUGGUGUGGUGCUGAAAGUGACGCGGAAAUCAGUGAUCUUAAUACUGAAUCAAGCUCCAGCUACAUUGAUGGACUUGCGUGAAGCCAGUGAUCAGCCGUUUAUAUACCGCUUUAUUGUCAGCCUGUCAUCGCGUUCGCUUGCUGACUGGGAGGAUGGCGAGUACCCGGAUCCGUAUCAUACGCUGGAGACAGAGGAUAACCUUGUGUUAGCGAAGACGCGGCCGAAAUAG